AUGCCGUCGAACCUCGAGAUUGCAUCUUCAUUUAUUCGAGGUGCUCCACCAGGAGAGCUCUCGGACGUUGUCGCAGAUAUAAAAGCAUUAACCCCUGAUGGACCGGCGCUCAUUUCUUCGCUUGCGCCUGCUUUCGAGAAAUACAAUGAGGAACAACUAGCGACUGUGAAGCUGCCUGGAGGCAGUGAAGAGGUUAUCGUUAGUUCAUAUAAUAAGCUUGAUGGCAAUCGAUACUACGAUGUACAGACUCAGACAUCAUUUCAAUUUGAUCACGUCACUCAGACUGCCUCGUCGCCACAAUCAUAUGUUCUGGAGUCGCGGCAUUCCGAUUUGAUGAACGGCCGAUACCGAGCCAUUUACACAGUUCCCGCCCCCUCCACAGACACAAUAACCGGCACUAUCCACAUUAACGUCCAUUACUACGAAGAUGGCAAUGUAUCCCUAAACACCACAAAACCCAUCUCGAUAUCCCUCCCUGUCAAUUCUUCCGCGGAUACGGUUAUCAAACGCAUCGCUGCGGCGGAACGAGCUCAGCAGCUCGAACUCAGCGACGCUUUUAGCAGAUUAUCGGAAGGGGCGUUUAAGGGCCUCCGCAGGCAAUUACCUAUUACGCGGCAAAAGGUAGAGUGGGAGAAAGUGGGCGGGUAUAGACUCGGGCAAGAUAUUUCAGGUGGGAAGGGUCGCCUGCAGGCAGUCCCCGCAAUUAAUCUUUCCAGCCCUAUCACAAAGUCCGAAAUGCUGCCGGGACAAAUACUGAGAGUGCGGAGUAAAAAGCGCGCCGAUGGGCAUUUCUCGACGCCCUAA